CAAUAAGUCACGUCAAAAAAAAGAGCUGAUCAGAACAAUAAUUGCGCUGCCGCUCAUUUUGCAUCACUGCAAAAGUGGCAGUGUAUAAAGGCUCUAAUACAAGUUUUCUAGGGACUGAGAUUACAGGAAUUAUGAUGCGACUAGACGCAGAUUAUAGUCUUUAUAUUAAUGUCUAAUUUUAUUAGGGUUCACUUGUUAAGCUAUGAAAUGAAAAUCUGAUGUUAAAACGCUUCUUGCUUAUGCUGUUCUUGCUUUUCGGCUAUACAAUAAACUGAACUCAACAUCGCGUUACAUCAGGGAUAAUUUUAUGAGACUGCCGAAAAUAGUAACCGCAUAAUCCUCAAACAAUGUAUAAGUAAAUAAAUACUUAAAUUAUAAUAUUAAUGAAAGACGACAUUUUAAAAAUAACAAAUGUGGAUUUUUAAUUCGAUAAUUACACAUUGGCGACACCAGAACCAAAUCGUUACCAGCAGAAAAUUGUAUAGUUAGUAGAUGUGUAUAAACAAGUAUAGUAUGUUAGACCGUACCCUUAUAAUUUCUUGUCUUUCUGCUUGAAGUAGAUAUAUACUUUGUCACAACACAAAGCUUAGCAUGAAUAAUAUAAGUAAAGGGAAGUGUUUGCAAACACGACUCUUUAUUUGAAGUCUACAUUUUCAUAUCAGAAUUUAAGUGAACCGGUAACGUGCAAGUGUAUAUUGAUAAUGACGGUGGAUUCGGUGAAGUCUGACGAAAAUUUCGAGUUAAAUUUCAAUAAACUGUUUAAAUAUUCUGUAUUUUCGUUGAAUUUUAAUCGGUCACAUCCAGAAAUAAAGAAAGAUAAGAAAUGGGUUGUCCAAUUUAUUCUGAUGUACGGGUUAUAUUUGGUGCCGAGUUCCAGUAUACUCUACAGCACAAUAGUACAUGAGAUAAAAAUUGACUUGACAAAGGCUGUAGCCAACAUGAGUUUGAUGGUGAUGUACUCCGUCGUAACCCUGAAAUACGCACUACUAGUGAUGCAUCGGGAAGUUAUAUUGAGUCUGAUAAACACAGUCAGGAAGGACUAUGUAGUAGCUUUGACAUUGCCCGAAGAAGAAAAGGCGCUGGUUGUAACAUACGCAAAGAAAGGAUCAUGGAUCGCGAAGAUAUGGCUAUACAUAUCAAUCUGUACCAGCCUCGUAUUUCCUUUUGAAUCCUUUUACUUAACGUUCUAUUAUUACGUUAUGGGAGAAACUCAGGCGGUGGAGUUGUAUCACCUGAUUUAUCCUGAACCCAUUGAAAGGAUAAAAUUUAAAGUAGUUCCAUUUCUUAUUCUUUAUGGCCUUCUGUACUACUUUGACUUUUUCUCCGCGACGAUGUAUGUCGGCGUGGUACCGCUUGCGCCAGCGUUCAUGCUGCACGCUUGCGGACAGUUGGAGAUGUUGAAAAUGAGAAUGGAUAAGCUAUUCAGCGAGGAAGUGAAGAGCCUUCAAGAUCGAAAAAUGAGACUGAAUAUUAUUGUCAAGCAGUUGCAGGAUAUUUACACUUUUGUGGAAAAGAUUCAGACUGGCUUCAAACUUCUAUAUGAGCUCACUUUGAAAGGAACUGCUAUUAUGUUGCCGAUUAUAACAUUCAGCCUUAUCGAUACAUUUAAACGUGGCAGUAUCAGUAUGGAAUUUAUUGUUCUCUUUUGGGGUGCCAUCUUAUUAAGCUACUGCCCUUGCUACUAUGGCGAUAUGCUUAUUGAAAGGGCGGAGAGUUUCCGGACGGCGGUGUACAUGAGCGGGUGGGAGGGCGUGUGGGACAAGCGCGCGCGCACCACCAUACUGGUGAUCAUGACGCGCACGUUCCGCACCGUCGCCAUCCGCACCAUGUUCCGGAACCUCUGCCUCGACGCACUCACAGACGUGUAUCACCAAGCGUAUGCUAUAUUCAACUUCUUACUAGCUGCUUGGUCGUAAGCAACGGCGACUCUACAUCAAUUUACGUUUUUUACGUCUUGCCAUACAGAAAAUUACUUUUAUUUACUUUUUAUGCACAGCUAUUGUUUAGAUCUUAUAACAAUGUAUUCUAUAUCUAAUAUCAACUUAGAUUAUACGUAUAGCUAAUUUAUCACUAGAAAGUUAUUUUUUAGGGAUCUAUGACAUCAAAAUCACUGCAAAAGAAACACAUUAAGUACAUAAACAAUGACGACAAACAAUUGGUACAAAAGCUUGCCUUAUUGCUAAGGUAGCAAUUUCUUCUAGGCAACCUUUAGGUAUAGGAUAUAAUUCUACUUACCUGUGUCUCAAAAAUACUUGUAACUUGCACU